ACCCAGUCCAUCGGCGUUUGACGACUGAACGGCGUCGCAGCCAAAACGCUAGCGUUCGAUUCUGUUACUAGUUUACCAUGGUUCUCUUAUCAUAAUCCAUCAUCAUAGUGCUGCGCGCCGGCGCAGUGCCGGCUGGUCCUGAAAUUCCUUUUGGGGGCGGGGCCCCUCGCCGCGCUGAAGCUCGCAGGCUUCGCUUAAUGAAGUAAGCGCACGAACAGCUUGCUCUGCAAUGCAAAUGGACGCCGCCGAGCGGUCGCCAAAGCGCGCUAAGCCCUCGGACCCUGAGGGCCCUUGCGACAGCGCCCGAGUGCCUGCGCCGUCUCACGGACCAACACCGGGCGCGUUGUGCCGACUAGGGGGCUUGGGGUCAGGGCCCGCCUCCUUGUCAAGAAGCUGCAAGCUAACGGCGGCAGCUUCGCCCGGGCGGCAGCCGCACACGGCCGACGAACAGCCCACCGCAGCUGCCGCCCAGCCGGCUGACCCGCCCACCGCGCAUGAUGCCGGCAGCGGCCGCCUCGCGGCACACCCGCACCCCGGCGGCGCAUCUGCAACACCCGGGGAUCCGGCCGCCCAUUCCGCAGCUGGCGAGGAUCAGGCGGAGCAGCCGGGCGCUGACACCUGGGGUGAAGGGGGCUCGGGGCGGACAUCCAGCAUUGACACGGUGGGCUCAAGCGCUGAUGAUGCCGAUGAUGAUGACGAUGACGACAGCAUCAGCGGCAGCCGCGGCGGGCCCGGGGCCGGAGCCGCCAGCAAUUUGGGCGAUGCCCUCGAUGCCACCCGCGGCAUCCCGGCCCGCUCAGGCCACGAGCCUGGCAACGAUGGCGCUGCCGGCGGUGCCGGCGCCAACAGUGGGGCUGGCGGCGGCGGCGCUGGCGCCAGCGCCGGGGCAGCAGGCGCAACUGGUGCUAAUACAGUUGCAGUGCAGCACCCCGGGCCGCUGGCGGCCUGCGCCCGGCUGCGUGUGAUGCUGAUGAACGCGACGGCUGCGGCCGCCAUCGCGACCGGCGCCCGCCAGCUCGCAAAGAGCGCCAAGGCCGGCAAGACCGGCAAGGCCGGCGUCACGCCGACGCCGGAGCUGGCGGCGGCGCUGGCCGCCUGCUACCUGCCCGAGCUGGACUGGGAGGCCAGCCCGGACUCGGGUGUUUACACGGUGUUCCGGCACAGCCACACACACCGCAACUCGCUACGGAUGGGCGUGGCGGCGGCGCACGUGCUGUUUCCAGACACGCUGCUGGAGGCGGCGUGUCGGCCGGCGGGCGUCACGGUGUACUUUUACUACCAGCGACCUCCGACCGCCUCGAAAGAAACCAAGGACGCCCAGCGACCGCAGCAGCCCAGUUCCGAACACACGGCGGACCAGCCCCAGACGGCUUCCUGCCCGGACCAGGAGCCAGAUCCGGAGGCCGAGCCGACAUUGGUCAUUCGCGACGGACUGCUUCGUCUUACCACCCGCAGCGACUAUACGCCUAAAUACGGCACUCCUCCCGCCGCCGACGCCGAUCCUUCCGCCGCUGCCACCAGCGACGCCACCCGCUUGCUCGCCGACCUAAAGGCCCAGCCCAGGGCGCGCGCCUGGCUGCGACUGCCCCGCGACAGCGAGUCGCCGUGCAUGGACCGGCCCAUCGUGUUCGUGGUGCGGCCCGACGGCGUGCCGGUCAUGCGCGCCGCCACCUACCGAGAGGCCGCCGCCGCCAAGUUGCCGCCGCCGCCGCUGGCGCCCAUGGCGCCGCCGGUGCAGGACGCGGCGCGCACCCUGGCGGCGGAGAAGUGGCGGGAGCGGCUGGACCGGCUGGCCGCUUACAACAAGCUGCUGCAGAUGCCGACGUGGCAGGCCGGCGCCGGCGCCGGCGCCGGCGCAAGCGCCGCAGGCACGGCGGCGGUUGCGUCGACAGUGAUCAAAGGAGCGGAGGGAGCGGAGGGACCGGAGGAGGUGGUGGCGGAGCUGGGGCCAGAGCCGGGGUUCGGACCGGCGCAUGGGUCGAGCCAGGGUGCAGGCAAGAGUCUGUCGCGGCAGUUGAUGAGGUCGGUGCACGACACGGCCCGGCGCAAGGGGCUGGUGUUUCGGAAGCUGUCGUGGAGCGACAUCCGCAGCCCCACCCGCUUGGCGCUGGGCGUGAGGUUGAGCCCCGUGCUGCUGGACCUGCCGCGGGUGGCGGCGCGGUGGCGGCACCACAUGGAGGAGCACGCGCGCCGGUGGCCGCACGCGCGGUGUUGGAUGGGGGGGCACGCGCUCUGCGCCGUGCAGGAGGUGGUGGCGCGGGUGCGGGGCGGCGCCGCCGGCCCGGGCACCGGGGCAAGCGCGGUUGGCGCGGGCGCGGCAGACGGACUGCUGCCGUCAGCGCUCCACACGGCAGCCGCAUCAGGCGGCGGGCUAGGGGGCGGCAGUGGUGGCGAUGGAGGCGGCGAUGGGGGCGGCGCCGGCGGGAGCAGCAGCAGCACGGGCGGCAGCUCCACGAACCACAUGCACCUCCGGCCCCUGGGGCGGCUGGUGCUGCACACUGAGGACGGAGGCCAGUUCCAGGUGUCUCUGGAGGUGGGGUGGCGCGCGGGCGUGUCCGGUCCCACCACAGUGCUGGCCGGCCCCAGCCUGCGCGACCUGCAGCUGCGUCUGCGCGCCUUCAGCGGCGACACACUCGUGUUCAGGCGCCUCUUCACACUGCCGACUGGUGCUGCGGGCGCCGCAGGCGUUGCGGGCUCCGCGAAUGCGGGCGCGGGCGCGGGCGUGGCUGCGGCUGUGGGCGUGGGUGCGGGGGGCUCGGUGGCGGAGACGAGCCAGCCGCAGCAGCAGCAGCUAGAGGCGCCGGGGCCGGGCGCGAUGGUGCUGUAUACGGAGCCAGGCUCGGCCGAUGCCCUCGGGAUGGCAAGAGCCAACGUCGGCGGCGUUGGCGGCGGCGGUGCUGACGAGCUUAGCUACGUGGAUGAGGUGGUGGGCGAGUUCAUGGUCACCAUAGACCGGGCGGAGUCUGCGGCCGGGGCUGCGGCCGGGGCUGCGGACAAAGGAAAAGGCAAAGCGGAGGGCGCGGCGGCCUGCGCAGCAGCGACGGACGGGGGUGGGCAGGGCGCGGUGGCAAGGGCGGCGACGGCGGCGGCGGCGGCGACCGAGGCGGCGCAUGCCGGGGAGCAGCCAGGCCCGGCCGGCGCGGCGCUGGGUGCAGAUGCGGCGGGCGCAGCAGGCACGCCGGGCGGCGCGGCAGCGGUGGCGGCGGGUGGCGUGGGAGGUGGUGGGAGCGCGGCCGCUGGCGCCUCAAGGGCCGGUCCGUCCAUGUCCAAGGCGAGUCUGGCGCGUAAGCGGUUGGCGUUAGUGAUGGUCGAGGGCGCGGGCGGGGGCGCCGCUGCCCCGCCAGUGCGCAAGACGAAGCAGCAGGUGGCGAAGGGGAAAGCGGCGGCGGGAGCACGCGGCGGCCCCGCGCCGCCGCCGCUGCCUUCCGCUGCCGCGGGCCGGGACGCGGAGGCUGAGGCGAAGCGGAAACGGGAGCAGAUGGCAUUGCUGCUGCGGCAGGUGCUGGGGUGAGGGCGUGGGUUGCAGGUGCUGGUGUGAGGAGGUCUGCAAAUUCUUGGCCUGUGUAAGUUUUGAUGGGGCAUCCGAGCUGGGCGGCUGCGAAGCCAGUGACUGGCACGUUGCAGUGCUGCCGUGUUGCAGUGCUGCUGGUCCCUCCCGGGUGACGGCGCCGCUAUGCCCAUGUCCGCUGUAGUGCACCAGGGUAGAUAUGUGGAUCAGACAGGGAGCGUUUGCAGAGUGGUAGGACUAGCCGAUUAGGAGUGCUGGACUGAACUGGCUUGGGCAGCUAUGCGGUAGUACAGUAUAUCGGGCCUGGUAUGAAUGCCGCAAACUGCUACCUAGUAUAAUAACAUCAACAAACUCCUCGCAGGGGUUGCGUGAGGACGGCCGACGGCGUUCUAUUAUAGCAUGGCGUGUUGUGCUGACUGCUGCAGUGGUGCGGGUCUCACAUGAGUCCCGCAGUGUCGACGUGCUGCGCGGUGUGCUGCGGGGUACGUGUGUAUCACGGUAGACUGGCGGGCAGCUGAUAAGCCAUGGGUCCACAUCUCCCGGCAUAUUGCAGAAUUCGGCCACAGUAAGUGGAAUGCAAAUGAAUUGCGGGGCGCACGCUUUUCGACCCCCUCGGGCAUUUGGACAAUUGACUGGCGACUGUGGCGACUCGUUGCGAGGUAAAGAGCCCGAGGCGCAGA